AUGUCCAACUACCCCCAGGAGCCCGAAUUCCAGCAGGCCGUCAACGAGAUCUCCCAGACUCUCGAGCCUUUCCUCGCCAAGAACCCCGAGUACCGACGAGCUCUCGAGGUCGCUCAGAUCCCCGAGCGAAUCGUCCAGUUCCGAGUCACCUACGAGCGAGACGACGGAUCCGUCUCUGUCAACAGGGGUUACCGAGUCCAAUUCAACUCUGCCCUCGGUCCUUACAAGGGUGGUCUCCGACUCCACCCCACCGUCAACCUUUCCAUCCUCAAGUUCCUCGGUUUCGAGCAGGUCUUCAAGAAUGCUCUUACCGGCCUCAUGAUGGGUGGUGGUAAGGGUGGUUCCGACUUUGACCCCAAGGGCAAGUCCGACGCCGAAAUCCGACGAUUCUGCUACGCUUUCAUGCAGGAGCUCUCCCGACACAUUGGUGCCGACACUGAUGUCCCCGCUGGUGACAUUGGUACCGGUGGCCGAGAGAUCGGUUUCAUGUUUGGUGCUUACAAAAAGUACCGAAACGAGUUUGCUGGUAUUCUUACCGGUAAGGGCGGUGACUGGGGAGGUUCCUUCAUCCGUCCCGAGGCCACUGGUUACGGUCUCGUCUACUACGUGACUGAAAUGCUCCGAGACCUCGACAACACCGACUGGAAGGGCAAGCGAGUCCUCCUCUCCGGUGCCGGUAACGUCGCCCAAUACGCCGCCCUCAAGGUCAUCGAGCUCGGCGGUACCAUCCUCUCCCUCUCCGACUCUACCGGUGCUCUCGUCGCUACCGGUGACGAGGGUUUCACCCCCGAGGAGAUCUUUGCCAUUGCCGAUAUCAAGCUCCAGAGGAAGAGCUUGACCGCUUUCUCUGCCGGCAACAAGUUCACCUGGCACGAGGGAGCCCGUCCUUGGACUCUUGUCUCCAAGGCCGACGUCGCCCUUCCUUCUGCUUCCCAGAACGAGCUCAACGGCGAGGAGGCCAAGGCUUUGAUCAAGGCCGGUGUCCGAUACGUCGCCGAGGGUUCCAACAUGGGCUGUACCCUCGACGCCAUCGAGGUCUUUGAGGCUUCCCGAACCGCCGCCAAGAGCGCCACCGACUCUGGUAUCGCCUUCUACGCCCCCGGCAAGGCCGCCAACUGCGGUGGUGUCGCCGUCUCUGGUCUCGAGAUGGCCCAGAACUCUCAGCGACUCAAGUGGACCCCCGAGGAGGUCGACGCCAAGCUCAAGGACAUUAUGGUCACUUGCUACAAGACCUGCUGGGAGACCGGUAAGGAGUACGCCGAGGCUGGACCUGUCCCCUCCUUGGUCGCUGGUGCCAACAUUGCUGGUUUCAUCAAGGUUGCCGACGCUAUGAAGGUCCAGGGUGACUGGUGGUAA